GUAAGAGGGAUCACAGGCAUCUGGAGGCAGGCAUUGGUGCCGCUCUCUGAGAAGUAACAGAUGAAAGUGCAGCUUGUUGACUUCCCUAGGAUUUGGGUAUGAGACGGCAGUCGUUUCAGAUAUUGCCUGCUAUCGCUCAGGACUUUAUCCAUGCUUUUCACCUGCAAUAUGGAGCCUCUGUCUGAAGUUUUGCUGGGUUUGAUUCUGGUGGUAGCUUCAUCAGCGCAGAACGACGGUACCUGUGCAACCAACAAGUGGGUGGUAUGUGCGCAGGACGGAUCUGGGAGCUGCACCUGCACGCUGGUACGUUCAAAUCGCAAGGUAGACUGUUCAACGCUGACUUCAGAAUGCUUGCUGAUGAAGGCAGAAAUGAUCCCCCUGAAGGAGAAGCGCUUCUGGGACCAUCCCCAUGGGCUGUUAGAUAAUGAUGGCAUUUACAAUCCAGACUGCGAGAACAGUGGUAUCUUCAAAGCCAGGCUGUGCAAUCAAACCGAUACUUGCUGGUGUGUGAACACUGCUGGAGUAAGAAGAACCAAAAAGGGUGACAAAAGUUUGAGUUGCAGUGAACUGGUUAGAACACGCUGGAUCUACAUUGAACUGAAGCACAAAAAAAGGUCCAGUGCCUUUGAUGUUCCCGACCUAGCAAAUGCCCUGAAACAUCUAUUUGAGAGCUGAUACAAACUGCACCCCAGGUACAUCGCAGCCGUUAAGUAUGAUUCCCCAGUUAUCCAAAUUCGCCUGAACCAGAAUGAUUCUGAGAAAUCUAGGUGUGAUGUAGAUAUAGCUGAUGUAGCCUAUUACUUUGAAAAAGAUGUAAAAGAUGACUCCCUAUUUCAUUCUAACAGUACAUUAACUAUCUCUGUCAAUAGAGAUGCUCUGGAUAUUGAAAAAAUAACAAUUUACUAUGUUGAUGAAAAGCCACCAGAGUUUUGUAUGAGACAACUGGUUGCUGGCAUUAGUGCUGCGGUGACAGUGGUGAUACUGACUGCUGACUUUGGUGUCACUGUGCUGGUCAUUCUGAGGUGGCUGCGGAUGAGAAAAUAUGAGAAAGUUGAGAUUAAGGAAAUGGGUGAAAUAAAAGCACCAAGCUUACAGCUGCCCUGAUCUGAAAAAAGAAAGGCAUCUGAAAAAAGAAAGGCAACAACAGGAGGGGAAAAAAAAAAAGCACAAAAUACAAGUAGCAAACAGACUCAGUGUAUGUGGAUGGAUUUGGAGAGUCUUUUUCCUUUCUACAGGAAUUUGUACAGUGAUUGUUCUAAAUUAUUCCAGUUGAGUAAGAAUGAC